CAGGAGGCUAGGCACAGCAGACUACUGCACAGGCUAGGCGUAAAGCUAGGCAAAGGAAUUCUUAAAUUGCACAUUAGAACUUCUAGAGCAAUUAGCUUAGUUAUUACGCAAAUGCGCACUAGCAAGAUUAGCCUACGCGCAUAUCUCUACUCUAUUAACAAAGUAGAUACUAACAAAUGCUAA